AUGACCGCGCGCGGUAAUCAGAUGGCAUCACCGGCCUCCAGUAACACACAAUGCGAAGACCAUGAUCCGGAUUGGCAUUACGGCUCAGGUCACAAGCGACGCAAACGGGCCUCGACGGCCAGUACUUCAGGACCCUCUCCUCGGGAGGUUGGAUUUAUGAGAGAGCCUCAAAAUGAUGGAUCGGCAAGCUUUCUAGGAAGCUCCAGUGGGAUCCAUUUCAUCCGUCAUGUCUACAGUAUUUUUGCCCGCCGGUCGGCAGAUUUGCAACAGAGUCGAGCUCGGGAUAGAAGCUCUGUACCUGGAGAAGAUGAUCGGCUCCAGCAAGGGCCCAUAGAUCGACGCGAUAGAGGUGACCUAUGGACCCAAGAUGAAUUGAUCUUGUCAUCUACUGUCUCUUUUGCAUUUGAUGACCUUGUAUUGUGGACCCGCCGCUACUUCGAAAAUUGGCAUCCGCUAUUCCCGUGUUUACACGCCCCGUCAAUCCUCAAAACAAUGGAGACAUUGAGCGCGAAAGGUCUCAGCUCCAUCAGUCGUACUGAAUUGAUCAUCAUAAGAUCUCUCAUCUCAAUAUCCCUCGCGGAUAGUCGGCAAUCAGCUUUGGGUGCUAAGAUUGGGCCGAUCCCGACGGCUUUGGUAUUUCAAACUGUCCCACAGAUUAUGCAAGACCUCCAGGGUUUGCUGGCAGAACCAACGACAAUCCCACUGCUACAGGCUGCUUUCAUUGUGCAGCUUACUUUGACAUCGAUAUUACGGCUCAACGCUGCCUCGCGUGUUGGGGGAAUAAUUACCCGAACCGCAUUUCAUCUCGGGCUACAUCGAUGUCCUGGCCGAUUCGCAUGCUUUAGUCGUGAUGAAGCUGAUAUGCGCAGACGUUUAUUCUGGUCUAUCUACUGUCUCGAAAGAUAUCUGUCCCAAGCCCUUGGAAUACCUUUGAGUAUCCGUGACGACGAUAUCGACGUUUGCUACCCCGACGAUGAAAGGCAUACGACCCCGAAUGCCCUUCCUUACGACCAUCGCCUCGGUUUACUUUCUCACCUUGCCAGAUUCUCUCGAAUUCGAGGUUUGAUCCUAGAGCUGCGUAAUAAAUCUAUUCUGCAUAGCCGUGCCAGCACGGUGGAGGCAUUCAAGGUCAACGGAGAGCUUUCCCAGUGGUGGAAUGAAGUCUACGACGCCGUCAACCCUAUAGAAGAUGAUGAUCCUCGUACAGGAGGAAAUGCCGCUGCUUGCUUGGAACCCUACCACCGACUUCUACUCACGAUAUUGAGACAUGAAGCAAUAAUCUCCAUGAAUCGUCCUCUGCUUGCGGCCGAAAAGCCGAAUCCUGAGUUUAAAAGCGCUCUGCAGACAUGUAUUUCUUCAUCACGAUGCUUGCUUGCUGCAUUCAAGAAGUAUAUGUCUUCCUCACAAGAUGCGCCCCUCACAUGGCCAUCGUUUACAUGGACCACAUGGAUGGCAUGUCUGAUUUUGAUGUAUGCUUCUUGGGAAGGUGAAUUGCCCGUAAGUACAGCAUUGAAAUACUCUCGGAUGGGUAUUUCUGUUUUGGGAAACCUUGCUUUGAGAGGAAGCAGCUGGCCAGAAACAUGUAUUGAGGCGAUUAAGGGUAUGGAAUCGGCUUUGCUAUCCAAUGCACCUGCCGUACAGCAGAUGAACCUGCCGAGCACUAGUACCUUAGGUGAUACAGACUCGCAGCGACUUCCAACACAAAGCCAAACCAUCUCCCCCAGAGAGUCAAGACAUCCAUUGGCGUGGGCCGGAAACCAGGUCUGGAGCCCAACCGCUUCCCCGGAAAACCGCAGAAACCUGCUUCAGAAUCCGCCGAUUCCCUCAUUUGUCUCUCGAAACGAAGGCUCUGGCGAUGAUACCGCCCGCAAAGGUAACACUGGAUCUGGUGACCGAAUUUUCGUCUCGCAGCAAGACCAGGUUCCUGAUGUCGAUUCCUAUGGGGCCCCUCUUCAUGGGCACACUUCUGAGGGCCUCAUCUUUGGGAACGCUGCAAUCUCAAAUCCUAAUUUCUACAUAGGCAGCGCCGGCCAGGAGUAUGUGCCCUUCUCGGAUCCGUCGCUUUUCAUGAAUGAUUUCGGGAGUAUAGCAGAUGGGCCCUGGAUCAUUGACGGGAAUCUAUUGUAA